CUAAAGAACAAGAAGCAAGAAGAAGAAAGAACUACUGUCAGAGCAGAGAACGGCAGUGUCCUCUUGGGAUAUCUGUGACAACAGAGACCCUCAGUAGCAAUGAACGCCAGCCCCCCUGCAGGAAGCGCCCUGGCUCCUGGUGGAGCAACAGGCCCCACCACACCCAAGAAGGGGCCACCCAAGUUCAAGCAGAGGCAGACUCGUACAUUCAAGAGCAAGGCCCCCAAGCCAGGCCAGAAGGGCUUUGGUGACGAUAUCCCUGGCAUGGAGGGUCUUGGCACAGACAUCACAGUGGUGUGCCCAUGGGAAGCCUUCGGCGACAUGGAACUCAGCGACUUGGCCAAAUACGGCAUCAUCUAAACCUGCUGCCUCCUGCCUUCCUUGCCUGCCUGUACCUCUCCUCUGCCUAAUCCUCUCCGCCCUGCCUUCUCUCCAUCCUGGCUUGGCAGGCCAUGAUAAGGCUGCCAGCAAACCCCCUAAUGCCCUCUCGUCUACCUACCUCAAGCUUCACUCCACUAAGUGGAUGGAAAGCAUAAUAAUGCUCUUCUUUUUAUGUUAUUAUAUGAUACUGUUUAUAUUAUAUAUAUAUACUUGAAAUGGAUGACGAGAAAAAGACUCCACAUACCUUAUUCCCUGUUCCCUCAUCCAUCUAUGAUAGUCUUCUCCCAACUUCUCCUCCCUCCUCAUUCGGACUCCCCUCUUUCCGUCCACCACUCCAAACCCACGGCAAUGGACGCAAGCAAAGCACUAGUUAAUACUAGCAUGUAUUUGCUUCUAGCUGUCUAAAAAAAUGUAAAUAUUUUGUUCUCAGUGUCGCAACCUUUUGACCUUGUCUUCCCACCUUUUGUACUUCCUCCCGCUUUUAUUUUGCAUUGUUAUUUUUUACUGCAAAAGGUCACUGUAAACACCUAGGGAUGCAAGGAGAGCGUGCAACAUGCUGUAAUGAUGAAAACAACAAUGCACCUUCACGUGAGGAUGAACUCCCUUUUUAUCCCCUGUCUCUCUCCUUGCUGCUAUCUCAACCCACGUCCCUCCUUAGAGAAAACAAAAAGUGUAUACUGUAUGUUUCGCGAGCGCAAUACCACAGAAAAUGUACUGUGAGCUGGUAUGUCCUGAUAGCUGCAGUAAAAUGUGUAUAUUUUUAGUA